GGGACGAAGACGCUGAGAGAGGGACGAAGACGCUGAGAGAGAGAGAGAGAGAGAGAGAGAGAGAGGGAGAGGGAAGGAGACGUUGGGUCAGAGCAGGUGCUUCUUGUGUACAACUCUCUCUGUUUGCUUUGGCUGUGGUGUCACUAUGGCUACUCGAAUUCAGUUUGAGAAUUCUUGUGAAGUUGGGGUAUUCUCAAAGUUGACAAAUGCAUAUUGUUUGGUGGCAAUUGGAGGAUCCGAAAAUUUCUAUAGCACAUUUGAAUCUGAGCUAGCAGAUGUCAUCCCUGUAGUAAAAACCUCCAUAGCAGGCACCCGAAUAAUCGGACGUCUAUGUGCUGGAAACAAGAAUGGGCUCCUCUUGCCCCACACUACCACUGACCAAGAGCUUCAACAUUUGAGGAAUAGUUUACCCGAUCAAGUGGUUGUUCAGCGCAUUGAAGAGAGACUAUCUGCUUUGGGAAAUUGCAUAGCUUGCAAUGAUCAUGUUGCUCUUACACAUACUGACCUGGAUAGGGAAACUGAGGAGCUGAUUGCAGAUGUUUUGGGAGUAGAAGUGUUCAGGCAGACGAUUGCUGGAAAUAUUCUUGUUGGUAGUUACUGUGCAUUCUCCAAUAGAGGUGGAUUGGUUCAUCCGCAUACAUCUAUCGAAGACCUUGAUGAACUGUCAACGCUCCUUCAAGUCCCUCUUGUUGCAGGAACCGUGAACAGGGGCAGUGAAGUCAUUGCUGCUGGAAUGACCGUUAAUGACUGGACAGCUUUCUGUGGGUCGGACACGACAGCGACGGAGCUCUCUGUCAUUGAAAGCGUUUUCAAAUUGAGAGAAGCUCAGCCAAGUGCAAUUGUUGAUGAGAUGAGGAAAUCAUUGAUUGACAGCUAUGUUUGAGUGCUUGCUCUUGGCCUUCUCAAUGGAAAAUAUAAUACCCAGGCCUAUCUUUAAAUUUCAAAAGCUUUUGGCACAGUAUAUAAAGCCUUUGUUUUCUUCAUUUUAAAACCUGAACUGAUGGCUCGGUUCGAACUCAUCUGACAGCCAGUCCAACCAGUUCAACCUGUGAUGUCAUCAUCAUGCCCUCAAUAGUGAACCGAUUAAAAGUAGUAAAAAGGAAAAGCUAUAAAGGGUUUGGAUCAUCUUGGUGGAACGGUUAAUGAUUGUACCAGAAAAUCCCUGUGACCCAGGCAGUCUGAAUUUAAAAAUAGUUCCCAUGGUGUCCCAGCCCAAAAAGUCUACCAGCUCCUCUUGGGGUUCUAAAACAUCACAUGCUGGGCAAUUUCUUAUUUUUGCUUUUUUAGCUAUAUUUGGGAAGCAUCCUGUAUGAAUGAAUAUUUAGACUGUUGUGGCCUUGAGCCUGAUGGCAUACUUAUUUCUCUUCGACAAUGGGAGCUGAAGGACAGUUUGCAGAAAUUUCUGUCUAUGCGUGCAUUGGUCUCUUUAGAAGUCCACUCAACUUGGCACGCCUGUAAGGUAUCGAAAUGUGUUUUUUGAGAGUGCUGUCAAAGGCAGACGAAAACACUUGCAAAUGUCUCAAACCAAUUCAGUCUACUCA